AUGGGUUCAUCAUCGUCUCAAACACCAAAGGAUUUAAUAUCAACUGAUAUUCUUUAUGAUUUGGAUAGUGGAGUUCCACUUGGAGAUGUAAAAAAAAAUCGUGAAAAAGUACAAAUUCAGAUAUUGCGAACAUUAUCAAACGAUUUGACAAAACUCUAUGAAUACACUCAAGAUGUUGCAAAUGUUUUACAUAAAACUGCUGAUGUCAAAUUUAUUUUGCACACAUUGAAGAUAAAUGGAACAUCAACAACAGACACGCCGGUCUCGUCAACUGAACAAGAUGGCGUUGCUUAUGCUCAUUCUUCUAUCUUAGUAUCACGUAGUCAGUAUUUUUGUGCAUUAUUCGAAUUCGAUGAUAACAAAUCGACUACAUUACAAACAAGUGAAAAACAAUUAAAAGUAAUUCAUUUAGAACAAAUACCAUCUUUGGAAUCAUUUCAUUUAUUACUCAAUUUUCUCUAUUCUGGAACAAUUGAAAAAAUAACUGAAGAAAAUGUUGUCGAUAUGUAUUCUCUCGCUAAUCAAUAUCUCGUUACUGAAUUAAAACUAAUGUGUACAUUAUUUGUUCAAAAAUCUAUUAAUGCAAGUAAUGUCUAUGAUUUAAUUCAUUGGUCAGUAAAUUAUAAUCAUAGCGAUAUUUAUCAAUUGUGUUUGUCGUAUUUGGCUACGAAUCUAUCAGGAUUGUUCGAUGAAAAAUUUCUGGUCAUAUCCUAUGAUGUAUUGUUAUUAAUUGUAAAAUAUGAUGGACUCUACGUUGAUGAAUAUGUGCUCUUUGAGGGCGUUAUCAAAUGGCUUACAAAUGCACGUAAAAACCAACAAGAAAUAAAGCAAGGCAAUAAAACGACAACUAGUUCAAAUCAAUCGCAUACCGAAAGAAAAGAUUCAUUGUCUUAUGAGAAAAUGCGUAAACGACUCAUUUCUUAUAUACGUUUUCCUAUUAUGAAUUUUAAAGACCUUUUCAUUAUAAAAGAUAAAUAUUCAUCAUCAAAUGAUCCAGAUCGUUUUGUUCCAAAAAAAUUUAUAGAUGAAGCAUUAGCUUACAAAGCCGCAUUGUAUCAGUAUGUUGAAGUAUCAACAUCACAACAACCAACAAGGCAGUUUAUUGAGAUCGAUAAGAAUGAUUCUGAGCCGGACGAUGACGAUGAAAAUGCAGACUUUUUUCAACUGACAAAUUUUAUUGAUGAAAAAGAUAAAGUAGAAAAUUGGAAAAUAUUUGCCGAUGCAAAGAAACAUCAUCGUACAAAACCACGAGCUGGCAAGGAAGGUUUGUUAUUAAAAGAUCGGUUAUAUUAUGAAUCAGAUUUCGAUACAAACGGUAUUAUCUAUUGGAUCGGUACAAAUGAAAAUCCAUCAUCGAAUGUCUAUAUCAAUCCGGUUGUUAGUGGAAAAAUAGCGAUAACUCAAUCAUCCCAUUUUAGCAAUGUUGACACAACGAGUACACUAGUCGAUCGUGAACAAGGUGAUUCAUGGACAGGUGGUGAAAAAAUGAAUGGAUGGAUACAAUUUGAUUUUAAAAAUUAUCGUAUAAAACCAUCAAAAUAUUGUAUUAGAAAUUCAUACAUCUAUGACAGUUAUUUUCUUCGAACUUGGAAUUUAUUAGGAUCAAAUGAUGAAUUAAAUUGGACGAUAAUCAAAGAACAUGUUGAUGAUUCAACUGUUUCCCAAGUAAUGAAUGGAACAACAUCGUGGGAUAUCGAUGAACAACGUUUACAUCCGUUUAAAUUUUUAAGACUAGUUAUCAAUGGACCAUUGUCUCAUCAUGGAUUUAUAACAAUGGGAUUCGGCGGCUUCGAAGUAUGGGGAACCAUUUAUGAACUUCCUCUAAAAACAUAA